AAUGAAAGUAUACGGCAAUGUCAUUGGCACGAUCUUUCGGGGCAAUCCACAGGAGAAUUUUCAACAGCGUCAAACCCUCUGCUCUAGCACAGCCUUCGCGAGCUCUCUCCAUUACCAGUCGAGGCAUAGCUAUCAGCCGCGAAGAACUAUUCAACUACACGAACGGUCGCUUUCUCGCCAAUGAGGCGGAAGCCUGCAAUCGCAGAUAUGUGCGAUUUGACAUUGAUCAGUUGUGCGCCGUAGCUGCGACAGCCGGCGGAAGUUCUUCGCCCAUUAGAGCAAUUGAUAAGAUGGAGGGGGGCUUUAGCAAGGCACUUAUUAUGCGGAAAGAAGAUGGGAGUGAAGUCGUUGCUAAAAUACCUUUCUCCAUUGCUGGGCCACCCAAGUAUACCACCGCCUCCGAAGUGGCUGUUCUCAAAUUCAUAAGCAAAAAUACUCGAGUCCCUGUUCCUAAAGUCCUAGCCUGGAGCUCUAACGCGUCGAACCCCGUUGGUGUCGAGUACAUAAUCAUGGAGAAGGCUACUGGCCAACAGUUGUUUACAACUUGGAGCGCCAUGACUAUCGAAGACCAAUUCAACCUCGUAGAGCAAUUAACGCAAUUCGAGGCCGAGUUGGCGUCAAUUCAAUUCCCUGCUAACGGGAGUCUGUACCUUUGCGAAUCGAUGACAGACGGCGAGCACUGGGUUGCUUUGGACCGGAAUGUGGACCCCUCUGGUCAAUUCUGCAUCGGGCCGUCCUGCGAGCGAGCGUGGUCAGGCCAGGGAAAGAUAAUGACACCACCUUCUCACGUCAAUAAUGGACCAUGGCCGAACAUCUCAUCUUUUGGUCUAGCGCUCGUGGAACGCGAAAUCGCCCGCAUUGAGCAACAGACUCUAGGCUCUGGCUUUGGACCACCCGGCGGGUCCGUCGAUGAGCAGUUUGCCGUCCUGAACAUGGCAAAGGAGGUCAUGUCUAGGUUAGACAUGGUAACGCUCAUCAACAGGGUCUCGCGGCCCGUCUUGUGGCACACCGACCUCCAUAUGGGUAACAUCUAUAGCAAGCCUGAGGACUUCAAGAUCUGCUCGAUCAUUGACUGGCAGUCAAUUGUAGUCUCGCCACUAUAUCUACAGGCCCGCUUCCCGGAGUUCCUGUCGGUUGACAAUGACUACCAAGGUAUGGACGCCGAUGACAAGAAGCUAGCUGAGCUCAAGUUCGGAGACACUAAAAUGUCAAAAUUCUAUGAACUCAGCACUGCUAAUCAGCACCUACGGGCACACCAUGCCUUUCUUAUGCCCCAGUUCACGCGGGAACUGUUUACAAGAUGUGGAGAGGUAUGCGACGAGGGUGUGAUACCGCUCUGUUCCUGCCUAAUUGAGUGUGCCAACGCGUGGAGCGAACUGGGAUUCCCAGGUGAAUGCCCUUUUAGCUUUACCGAGGAGGAUAUCCAGAAGCAUGAGCAGCAACUUCAAGAUUACCGCGACUUUAACCGAGUUCAAGAAAUAGCUAGAAAGCUUCUCAGCACCGACUCUGAGGGCUGGAUAUCUCCGCAGCUUGAUUUUGCGGAACGGCAACGAAUGAACACAGAAUUGUUACAAGAAAUCAUGCGUAGGAGCAACGAAUAUAAUAAGACAAGUGAAGAGAUUCAGAGUAUUUGGCCUUUUUGUGAGAAAGCAUAA